AAAGAUCUUAUAGGAUGUCGUCCAAAUGUUCACCUCUCUUGGAUUAGAAGCCACUAGCGACAGUUACAUUGAUGAUCAGACAUCGGGUUGAUCAUUCUACAGUCACAGGAAAAUUCUUCACUCACGCAAUCUACGGAAUUUUGGCGAUGAGAGCUCAGAUUAUAAAGGAACUAUUUAAUUUAAAUUAUAAUAUCUAGCAUAAAUGUUUACUAUUUGCCCACACUAAAACAAACGUAUCAUAUAUAUUUUAAUGAUGAAACAAAAAUUAAAUUAAUUAAACUUUCAAAUAGCACCGGUCUAUUAACGCUAGCUACUAGCGCUAUCUAUGAGGCACUAGCCGAAACAUCUACUUCAUAAUGUGAUCCUUUUUGCACUGACUCGUGUCAUGACUUAAACAGAGUCAUGAAAUUGUUUAGUAUCGGGUCGAAAAAUGAGAAAUCUUUUUUUAUACAGUUGGUUGAUACAUUUGGAAUAUACAGAGCGUGGCUAAUAAAAAGUAUUUGGGCUAUUCUCAUUUGUGACUUAUUUGUCCUUAAUGGAACAUAUUCGCUACAUUAGAGCAAACUAAACACAACAGGGAUACAAGUAAAUAAGAACCAAGCCUUACAGUUCUUACUCUAUCUGAAAUCGUAAUCUGUAUUCGCUAUUGCGCAAUAUUCGUUUCCAACCAAAACGCUAAGACUCUUGUACAAAUUUUAGUCAUACACGUGCGUAAUGAACGUAAGUAAACCUUCCAAAAUAUUACUCACUUUUUUGCACACACACACAUACACACACACACACACACACACACACACACACAAAAUUAUUCGUCGUGCAUAAAUGAAACAUGUGUGAAGCUAGAAAUAUCUCGAUGUAAAGUAGAACGAAAACCUAACAUAUGUGCAGCUGUUUUACUGCUUCUUCCUAGGUAAGGGAUGCCAGUCUCUAAGAAUCACCGUACAAUCGGGCAAUGUUUGUUCAGGUGAUCUUAUCACGAAAAAUACACCAUAAUUUUACUAGUCGAAACAAAUACACACUAAGUUUUAGAAAUACAAAAUUUUUGAGAAAAUAUUUUACAGUUUUACAUUUGAACAAAAUUAUUCAAAAAUAUUAACAUAAAUUGAUGUGACUCAAGGAAAACGGAAAUAUUAAGUAAAACGUAGAUAAUUCAACAUUUUACCCCUUCACCCUCAGAGAUAUCCUUCUACAAAAAACUUCGCUUGUUAUCGUAAAAACAUACUGUUAUUCCACUAUCUGAUUGUCUCUAUAUACUCUCCUAUUAAAAGCAGCUGUGUAAAGCUUUGGAGAGUUGUCAUAAACAGCUUCGUUUUGCGAAUACACCGCUCCAACUUCUUCAUACAAACAAUUACAGUUGCGGCAAAAUUAGUACUCAAUUAAAUUUCAAUCUUUCACUUUUACUUUAGUAACUUUAGGUUGUAUGUAAGAAAUAAAAAUCGUGAAUUUUUAAGCUAAUCAACCCCAAGAACAUUGGAGUCUCAAAAAGUACCCUAUAUCUCGUAAAUUCUAAUCAAAACCAUAGAAGUUUAAGAGAGAGUUGGAUCUUUCAUGUUAUCCGUUACUGUGCCUCCCAUUUGUAUGGGUGGACCUUGUUUUUGCAAAUGGAUGCGUGCCAGACGUUUAGCAAACAAAUGCCAAAAAUUUCCUAUAUAAAGGAAAAAAUCGGAUCUUUCCAGAUAAAUCAUAUUACAAAAUGGGACCUCGCAACAAAUUGUGCGUAGUACAUAUUCUACAGUUGUUUCUAACGUUUCAACAAGCCACAAGCCAACAGUGUCCCAGCAGCCCUUAUCGUACGUUUGAUGGAACCUGCAACCAUGUGGUGAAUCCAUCAUGGGGUGCUGCCAAUACACCUUUCGCGCGGAUAGUAAACCCCAAGUAUGCUGAUGGCAAAUCGAGCCCUCCCGUGGCAACUGACGGUAGUGAUCUUCCGAACGCUAGAGUGCUGUCGGUUGAGGUCUUCCAGGAGGGAAUACAGAACAGUCCUGAGUUCUCGCUCGCUAACAUGCAGUUUGGACAAAUCGUUGCUCAUGAUAUGGCGUUAACGCGUGGAGUUCGUGAUCCGUUACCCUGCUGUGCUAAUGGUCGUUUACAACCAAACCGUGCACCUAGAUGUUUCGCUAUUCCUGUUUCACCCGAUGAUCCCGUGUUCUCAAUGCGUGGUAUUGAGUGUUUGGGACUAAUCCGUACUCUGACCACCUGUGACGAGAGUCCUUCCAACUGUGCUCGGGCGGAACAGAUCAAUGCCGUGAGCCAUUAUCUGGAUCUGUCAGUCGUGUAUGGAAAUUCCGUUCAAGAGAGCCUCCAACUUCGUGACCCGAACACGGGGUUGUUGAAAGUUGAGCCGCGUAAUGGUCAGGAUUGGCCUCCAAGACAUCCGAAUGCAAGUGCUACCUGUACACUCAAAACCCCGGAGGAAGCUUGCUACCUUACCGGAGAUGGACGAUCGAAUCAGAGUCCACAUUUGGCAAUACUUCAAAUAACGUUCGCCCGAGAGCAUAAUCGUAUCGCUAAGCUCCUACGGACUUUUAAUGCCAAUUUAUCAGCAGAAGAAAUAUUCCAACGAGCCCGUAGCAUCAACAUUGCCCAGUAUCAGCACAUCGUGUACAACGAAUGGUUGCCAAAUUUCUUGGGCCGAGACUACAUGGUGGAGCAGCAACUGCUUUACACAGCGAGAACUCCUACAAAUGAUUACAGUCCAACUAUCGAUCCGUCUGUUAUUAAUUCUCACACUACUGCUGCGUUCCGAUUUUUCCAUUCCUCCAUACAAGGGCGGCUGAAACUCUUUGAGGAAAGUCGACAAUCGCUGUACAGUGUCAACAUCAACGAUCACACCAACAAUCCAAGUAUCCUGGAAGAAGCGUCUGAUCGUUACCCUGAGCUGUUGCGUGGACUUACCUCGCAGCCAAUGGGACUGAACGAUGUAAGUCUCGAUCCGGCUACCAAACAUUUCCUCUUCCGCUUCAACAACAUGUUCGGCACGGAUCUUAAAUCGCUCGACAUUCAACGUGGUCGAGAUCAUGGUCUGGCUGGAUACAAUGAUUUUGUGUAUCUGUGCUUGAACCAGCGUGCUACAACGUGGGCAGAUUAUAACCAACUGCUGGUGCCGGGAGCAAUCGAACUUCUCGCCACGUAUUACAAGUCGGUGAACGAUCUUGACCUCUCCGUUGGAUUGGCGUUCGAGAAGAAGAUCGACGGCACGGAAACCGGACUGGUGUUGCGAUGCAUUUUGAAGGAGCAAUUCCACCGCACUAGGAAGGGUGAUCGUUUUUUCUAUGAAAAUGGAAACCAUCUAACAACCGCGCAACUGGCGGAAAUACGCAAAGCGAGUAUGGCAAAAAUUUUAUGCGAAAAUUCCUUGCUUAACCGAGUACCUGAAAUGAAACAGAUUCAACCAUUCCCAUUCAAAUUGCCUUCCAACACGAACCCGCUCCGAUUAUGCACCACAUAUCCAUUACCUAAUUAUAGAGUGUUUGUGUGAAUGAUCAGAAUAAUUGUAGUUAUAACAGGAAAGUAAAGUUAAGAAACUAAUCUAGCAAUAGCACAUACAUGUUAGAGGCACAUACACUAAAAUCGAGGUUUGAUAAUAAAAUAUUUAUGCGAAAAAUUCUCAGUCGAGCGUUC